UGCACAUGGACCACUCCACCAGUGUGUGUGCGUCUGUUACUGGUUCUCCCCGACAGUCGGCAGAGCUGCAGGACAUCUGCUGUCGCCUCCGAGCGACGCGCAGCGCAACACGAGGCUUCAGCGCGUCACGUCGACGAAACCGGCGUCGUUUCCCCACAGAGAGGCAAGAAUCGGCAGAUAUUACCGGUUAUAUGAUUUUUUUUAUGGCUGAAGCGGCGUUGAAGAGCUCGGACUGAGGCUCAUAAGGAGGCAUCUUGGCUCCUGCAGCCUUUUCCCCUGUGGCGCUGAGCUCUUUGGCUGGCUCACCACUUCCUUAGCAGAGGGGCUGCUGGCAGGGGCAACAUCUGAGCAGGUCAUGAAGCCCCAAGAGACCGAGCUCGUCACUGAAAUCUCCAAGUUACAAUGCAUGGUCUCGGAGCUGAAGACGGGUUUUACCAGCGCCCUCCUGGAGCUCAGUCAGAUCCAACAUGGAGACACGUUCCUGCGGGAGGAGCUGGAGGAGAACAGGAGGAGCUGCCAGAAGAAGGCCCUGCGCCUGGAGGCCCUGGUGGAGUCGCUGCGGGAGGAGCUCGCGGUGAUGCGGUGUCAGGUCUUGCAGCUGUACAGUAACAAGCAGAGGCCUCAGCCUGAGGUCAAGGCCUCCACGUCCAAACAGAGAGACAGCGGUCCGGCAGAGGCGGCCGGUGGACGGCGUCAGUGCCAGUGCUCCUCGGCGUCCAGGGGAAAACUGCUCCUCCACUGCUUCCUCCAGGGGCUCAAAGCAGGACUGAGCGAAGGCACAGACGCGCGUCAUCAGGCGGCGAUGCAACUGCUGCAUUCGGAAUGGGAGUACGUCGCCGCUCUGAACCAGCUGUUGGACAAGUACAAGACGCCCCCGGCUCAUCGGACGAGCGUGGAGCCGUAUCAGACGUACCUGAACUUCGUGGAGCAGCUGCUGCAGCGGCACCUUCUCUUCAGGAACACCUUGCAGGAGCGAUUAUCGGCCGAGCACUGGAAGUCCCUGGUUGGAGACAUCCUGGUGCAGCUCAUCGGCCAGAACGAUACGACAUUUUCAGACAUGUACCUUGGCUACACCACGACUCUGGCGUCCUUCCUGUCGCCGGAGUUCAACAGACUGAAUCCUCCCGAUAAACACCUCAGUGUGCAGGUGCAGCGGGAGGAAAUGAAGCUGCUCUCCCUGCUCCUGGCGCCGGUCUCUCGCAUACACAGCUACCUGAGCCACAUUCAGAACCUGCUGCAGUGGACCGGCAAGGAGCACCCGGACUGCAGCCUCCUUCUGGGCACCGAGCGAGCUCUGAGGAGCAUCUUGUCUCGCUGUCACGUGAUUCUGGAGGAAGACGUCCGUUGGGAGGAGGACGACGGCGAAAGCUGCUCUGAUGCUGUGGCUUGUGGCUCCUCAGCCAACGGAUGCCCCAGGAGGUCCCAGCCCUGCAGGGAGGAGCCCGUCUCUGCCGCUCAUAGACACGAGCAGCAGGCCACUGCCCUCUGCAACGGGCUGGACGGCCUCAGCGCCAUGCGCCUGGAGUGCUGGUCCUGCAGCCCGGUGAGGAGGAGCAAGGGCGGCGGGGACCGGCCGGCCCCCGACCCCUCCGCCCGGGGCUGCGGGCACGCCUACUGCGCCCUCCUGGCCCCAGACCCCGCAGGGUGGGGGGAGACCAGCGACUCGGGCCAGGGCACCUUCAGCCAGCCCACGGGGAAAGGCACCAGCGGCACGGAGGCGCCCGGCGGGACCCGCAGCCCGGAGGACGCCGACACGGAGCCCGACGACACCUCCGCCUUCGACUACUCCUCCGUCACCUCCGGCAGCCCCGACGGCACGCUGCGCAGGGGCCCCGACAGCAACAGCGGGGAGGACGAGGAGGACAGCCAGGUGCCGGUGCUGCUCAAGCCCUCGUACAGCCAGCAGCAGCAGCGCAGGGACGCGGCGCGAGAGCGGCCCGCGUGCCUGCGGUGGCAGAUUCCCAGGUCGACCCCACACCCCCCCGUGAGGAACGUGUGCGUGAACGAGCCCGCGCCGUGUCCGGUCGGCUCCUUUGGGAAGAGGCUGGUCAGCGUCAGGACGGGCUCGCCUCCUCUGCAUGCAAAGAGUGCCUUCAGGCCCAUCUGGGAUGACCCGUCCAGACAGGCCGACGCCGCCCCAGAGAAGGAGAGCAGGCAAGGCUUCAUCCCCAUUCAGGCUCCAGCCAGGCAGAGCUUCCAGAGCUUCAACCCGAGCAGAGAGAACCUGAGGUCCUGCCUGAGUCAGCAGAGAGGCAACCACGCGGCGGCGGCGGCGGCCGGCAGCGCAGGAUUGUGGGACGACAGCGAGGACAGCGAGGGGCCCUGCAGCACCGUUUGACCCUUGGACCCCACCUGCGAUAGUUCUCUAAACCAUGACAGAAAAAGGAAGGCGUGAAUGACAACUUGAUUUUCUGUUGUUCUGUGACAAAUGAAUGUGUUGAGACAUUUUGUGCCUAAGAAUUAGGUAUAAAAUACCAAAACAAACGGGAAAACGCGUAGAUCAGAGCGGUUCCUACUGUCUCAGAUUUCAGUUAAUGACAUUCCAAACCACAUUUUAUGAAGCGGAACUUGUUCUUUGUUUAUCAGAAGAUUUAAAUCCUCCUUUAAUAUUCCCUCAUUGUUCAUUAUUACAAACACUUGAAAGAGCUGGGAAAGAAGACGAGAGAAAUACGUUGUUCAGUACAAAAUAAGACUGGGUGAUUUAUUAAUCUCAUCAAGACCAUUAAUACAAAGCAGUUAAAAGGCCACAUACCAUCAAAUAAACCAACUGCUUGAUGGAGCUGUUACAGUGCCACCGGAGGAAAACCUGUUACUGAGGGGGCUAAAAAAAAAAAAAAAAAAGACACUUGGCAAAAGUAACCCCCCCAAAAAUACUGACUUGGGAAAUGGACAGAACAUAAUAAACGACAGCGAAGUGAUCGGACUUCAGCUGGUCAUAAGAAUAAAAAAAACUUCCCCUGUUCGUGUCUGAUUAGAGGUUAAACGGUCCAUCACCUGCAGAAACCACAGAGACAAGGACUAAAACUGUGAUUUCAGAGCCAGGAGAGAAAAAAAAAGACUGCAUGAGUGAUUUUACAAAAAAAAAAAAAAAAAUAUCUGCUGAGGUCCAGCUCGUGGUGGUCAGGUAUUUCUGCGGGAUCAAAGUGAGGUGGUAGACUUGUGUUCUUCUGCCCUGAUCCGUGUAGAAAGCGAGUCCGACAGCUGUGUAGGACAACAACUGGGGCUCAACAACAGUACAGCCUAAAGUGCACACAGUGUGUUUCUCAGAAGAAAAAAAAAAGUCCAAUUUUUUACGAUUCUCAAAAGAGCUGCAGGUGAACGCGCACGUCUGCACACGCUCACCUGCAGCUGCAGCACAACUCUAACCCUGGGUUGAAUGAGCGCUAGCAUCAGGACCUUUCAAAAGGCAAUUAGUAAUGUAAUUCGAUGUACAAAGAGAAGCACACGUCUAAGUAAGUGCUUGGCAUAUUGAACCGUGUCUUGCUUUAAAACAGCUGAGGGGAGAAAAACAAAAUGGCUUUCGUCUGUUAAUACUCGUCCUUUCCACUGGAGAUUGUCUGUAAGUAAGUUAGUGACAGUGACCCAUUUAUUGUUUGGUUUUGUUUUUCAGGUUUUUUCUUUUUUAUCCGACUGUAGCAGCAUUGGGUUAUUAGGCAAUAUUCGACUGAACAGAUGCGGAUGAGGGGACGUUACAACAAAGGGGAAAAACAUGUCACUUUAUACAAAUUAUUUAGUUAGUGUAUACAUGUUAUAUACACACAGUAUCCACAAACAUGUACAAUUUCAAAGUGUAUAGCUUUGUUCUAAACAUUACAUAGGCAACUUUAUUUUUUAGCAUUUUAGACACCAUUUGAUUAUUUCUGUAAAGUAGAAAACAAAAUAAAAAGGCACAUCUGAGCAUGA